UCUAGACUCUAAUUCAAGAAGGAACACUCCAAAAGUCCCGAGAGAGAGACAGAUAGACAGAGAGAGAGAAAUGGGGUCCGAGGUAGAUCAGCCAGAGCCAAUUUCCACACCAAAGCUUUCACUAUUGAUUAUCCCACCCGACUCGUUACCGGAGGACCAGUCGGUCCAUUUCUACACCUCAGCUUCGAUUCCAUUCCUGUGGGAGGAGGAGCCCGGGAAGCCCCGACCCUGCACCGACCAGCUCAUCGACACCGUCCCCGUCUCCGACCACCCAAAUAACGGAGGACCCAAGUGCCUAGUCGACUUACCCCCGAGGCUGCAAUCAUCGGAGUUGAAAACAACUAAAGUCCCCUCUCCCACUACUGUCCUCGAUGGCCCUUACGUGGGUUUGAUGCCAAUAAAUAUAGUUCAGGGGGUUCCAUUCGGGUUCAAAAGGGAGCGUCGUCGUGAGGGGUCUACCGGUAGUAAUUACGGUGGGGGGAGUCCGGAGAGAGGGCUGCUUGGCGAUAUGGUCCUAAUUGGCAAGAAGGGAGAAGAGAGCAGCGGAGGGUUGUUUGGUUCUUUCGGUCGGCGCUGGAGUAGUACUGUUGGCAGAAAUGAAGAACUUGGUGGUAUGGUCCGCUCAUCUUCCAUGAAAAGCUUGGCAGAUUCCGGUGGCGAUGAGGGUGGUAGAAGAAGUAGAUGGGAGCCGUUGCGAAAAAUCAGAAGGAUUGGAAGCUUGCGAAAAAUCAGAAGGACUGGAAGCUUUUCUAGCCUAUCUGAAGCGUCUAGGUCUAACUUCUGGGCAACCAUGUAUGAGGGCUUUAAGCAAGUGCUUCCGUGGAAAAGUAAACAAGCGAAGAAUGAAGGGCUCACUACCUGAACUUCAUCUGGAUUUUCACUUUGAAUCAACAGCAAAGUUCCCUUUUAAUUCUCGCAAUAAAAUGCGUAUUUGUAUGCGUGUAGAUAUAGAAAACAAUGGAAUGAUGCAUGCCUACCAUGUAAUAUUUGAGUGUACUUAAUAAUGUUGCAUGUACAAAGGGAAGCUAGCUUA